UUAUUAUUAAACAUUUCCACAUCCAUAAAUUGAGAGAGCGUCGGAUAACUGAUCAUUUUCAAACCGAACGCAUUCCGAUAUUUUACUUGAAUAUUUUCGAUCGUCAAUUUGUUUUGUCUAAAAUGCCGCUGCAUCACCAUCAUCAUCACGGACAUGGACUCUUUGGUCACCACCACGGUCACCAUCACCAUCACCACCAUGGUCAUCAUCACCACGGUGGGAUCGUAACCGGCCUGGCAGUCGGUGCAGCGAUCGGAGCGGCGUCUAGACGAUAUGAACAGCCAGCAGUUGUACACGUACAGGCCCCACCAGUGGCCGUUCCAGCCUACCCCACCGGGCAACACGCACCCUCACCCCCGGUAGCCUACCCCGCUCCACCCGCCUAUUCAGCUGCUCCUGCGUACCCAGCUUACCCGUCAGCUCCAGCCUACCCCGGCCCGCCACAGUACACACACUAAACAGGAACCUCGCAAAUCCCUUGGAAAACCAUGCUGAUGACUGGAAGUGAUACAUGUACUUGACAGUUCUUGUUCAAUUUCCCAGAUACUUAAAAGGGCAAUGCAAUGUAUUUUUGUGUAAUACAAUCCUCGAAAAUGCACCUUUGUGUCCCAUUUAUUCAAAUCUUCAAUUCUUGUUUUGCCAUUUUCAAGGGUAUUCUGAUGCCUUUUUGGUAAUGCAAAUUUCAAUAUUCAAGAGUAAAAUGUGUGACACCGUUUCAGGCAGAAACCUCAAUGUUAAAGUCAGCACCACAAGUUGCCAGAAUAUUGGAGAUUUUGUUGUCGUAAAUUUUCU